AUGAGAUUAUACAAUUAUGUACUUGCUAGUUUUUUGAUUUUCGGUGGAAACGUUCGAUGCGAGGAUGAUAUGGAAUUAGUUCUAGUUCAGGCGGUGAGUUGAAAAAGGGGUACUGUAGUUUCAGAAAAAUUUAUUUUCAGUAAUACAAAUUUUUGAAAAAAAUUAUAUAUUUUUUGGAACAGUCUGUGGCUAAAAAAAGUCCAUGUAAUUCUGGAAUUUCUGUAGAUCACAGAAAAAUCGCAUUUUCGCAGAUAAAAAAAUUAAAUUAUGAAAAUUUUAGGCUCGAAGUAAAACAGCCUACAGUAACCAUGUUUCUAGAACAGUUUUAAGAUUCGGGAAACUUUAUCAAAUUUUUUCUUAUCUACAGUAACCUUGUGUGAUUUGAUGGUUCUCUGAAUUUUAGCACCAAGAAAACAAGAAAGCAUCACAUUUUUUGGAGAUAACAAAAACAAGAGGUCAAUAAAUCGAAAUAUUAUGUAAAAUUGAGAGAAUCUGAGAAAAUUCUUGGUAGAUCACAAGAUUUUUGGGGGAUUUUAGAUUAUUGAUUAGAAGCUAUUCAACGAAUAAAGUUUUUUGUAAGUUUGAAUAAAGGUUUCAUCCGUAUUUUUGUUCAAAGUUUUUCAGAUUUAAAAUGUAAAAUUCAAAUUAUUCCUGAAUUCGGUUCAAUUUUUUUCGUCCCAAUUGUUUAUUUUUAUCAAAAAAAUCUGAAAUAUUUCGGUUGAUUCUUUUUGUUUUGAAAAAUUCUUGUUUCAAACAAUUCCCAAUAUACACAGUUCCUUCAAAAAUCAUUUUUUUUCCAUAAUGACCAAAACUAAGAGCUCAAAGAAUAUUGUAGUUUUUUUCAUUAUAUAAUAUUGAUACAAACAAUUUUACAUCUUUUUUUCUGAUCGAAAAUCACUGAUAAACACAAAACAAUUUAAUGUGUCUAGGAAAAGCCCAAAGAACUUAUUAUUAACCCUAACAUUAUUUUUUUUUCAAAGAUAUGGCGACAUGGAGAAAGAGCAGCGUUGGCAGAUUUAUAUCCAAUUUAUGAAAAAGAUUGGAUUUUUGGUGGUGGAGGAUUUGGUGAACUCACAGCUGUAAGAAAACAUUUCAUCCAAAAAAAUUCAAACAGAAACAUUUAGACUGGUAUGGGUCAUAUGUUCCAACUUGGUCAAACACUUCGUGAAAAAUAUUCCAACUUCAUAUCUCCUCGAUAUGACAGUAAAGAGGUCUACAUCAGAUCAACUGAUAUCAAUAGAACUAUAAUAUCAGCAAUGUCUGUUGCUUAUGGAUUAUAUCAGAAUCAAAAUGAUUCAAUAAAAAGAGCUGGUAUAGAUUAUCCAGAUAUUCCAGGUUGGAAUCCAGGCUUCAAUUUUGUACCAAUUCAUGUUGAUUCAUCGAUCGAUAAUUAUUUAACAAAUGCUCGACCAAAUUGUCCAAGAUUUAAUCAAUUAAAUAUAUUAAUGCAAAAACUUCCGGAAUAUCAAAUCUGGGCUGAAAACUUUAAUAAUUAUACUACUUAUUUCUAUGGACUCUAUAAUCUCUCUUCUACAGAUACUGAUGCAUUAUUUUCAUUUGAUUCUUUAAAAUGUCAAAGUAAAACAUUCAAUUCAACAUUAUAUCAGAAGUGUCCAUGGUAUAAUUUGGAUUUUUUCGAGGAAAAUCAACGAAUUAUUGGACCUUAUAAAGGAUUCGUUGAAGGAUAUUUCAGUAAGUUUGGAGAAAUAUUUUUAAUUCUCAAAACUCGCGCAGAAAACACACCGUAAACAACCAGAGUCUCGUUAGAGGAUACCAGAAGCUUUCAAAAUUUUACUUUUACAAAAUGAAAGAAAUUUAGAAAAAAAAAUAUAUUUUGGACCAAAACUGAUUUUAAAAAUUUCUCAAUAAAAUUUCUCGAAUUCCAAAUUUACAAAGACUGAUUUUUUUAGAAGUUCAAGCAAAUCCACGGUUUUUUUUCAUAUUUUCAAUUCUAUUUCUUCUAGAGAAUCCAGCCGUUUUAAAUGGAAUCGACAUCGCAAAAGAAGUUCAAAUUCUCCAAGGUGGUCCACUUUUCUCCGAUGUUUAUGAUCGGAUGAAAUCCAAAAUUGAUUGUAUAACUUCGGAAAAAUGUGACGGAUUUUUCAAAAAUCUCAAAUUUUACGGUUUUUCUCUGGUGAGCUACGGAAACCCAUAAUAAUUUGAAUAUAAAAAAUUACAGCACGAUCAAAAUGUGUACAGCCAAUUGGUCAAUUUUGGAUUUCCUGAAAUCACGGAAUCUCUCGAAUAUUGGCCUUCUUACUCCGCAACAAUUCUAUAUGAAACAUAUCGAAGUAAAAAUUCGACAUUUUUCAAACUUCUCUUCAAAAAAUCCUAUAAUUCUGGAGUAUCAGAUGUGACGAGGAAAAUAAAAGGUUGUGAAGAUUCCGAAUAUUGUCCGAUUUCAAUUUUGACAAGUCUCGUAGAUCAAUUCAGGCCCACUCCAGAUAUAAAAACGGUUGGUUAGUUUUCGCAGAAAUAACUCACUCAAUCUUUCAGCUAUGCUUCAAAGAUCUGACAUCUUCUUCUUUUUCUUCCACAUAUCCAACGGGUGUUUCUCUAAUAAUUUUUGCAAUUUCACUGAUCUUCUAUAACUAG